GGCCGUGAGGGAUCGGCCGUGAGGGGACAGCCGUGAGGGGACAGCCGUGAGGGAUCGGCCGUCAGGGGUUUGGGGUUUGGGAGGAGGCCGUGAGGGGCGCUGCCCUCGCCCCUCGGCCGCCGCUCCGCCCCGAGUGAGAAGAGUCCCCGUUUUGCGUCUCUUGAACCGAGGAGCUCCUGUGGACAGGCACUGUGGAUUGAUGGUGACUCACAAAGUGCCAGACCUACCCACAUGUCUCGAAGAAAAACAUUCAUUAGGCGAAUCCAGCACGUCCUGUAAAGAAGUACUCAACACUAAUGACAUGAGUAUGUCUGAAGUUUCUAAAGUCAUGACUAAAGCUGACAUCAAACCAAAAUCUAUGCAUCGUGCCAGAAAAUGGUCAGAUGAUGUGGAGAACUUAUACAGAUUUCAGCAAGCUGGAUACAGAGACGAGGUGGAAUAUAAACAAGUAAAACAAGUUGAUGAGGUAGAGUGCUGGCCAGAGACUGGAUUUGUUAAGAAACUUCAGAGAAGGGACAACACAUUCUAUUAUUACAAUAGGCAAAGAGAAUGUGAAGACAAAGAUGUCCCUAAAGUGAAAGUUUAUGUGUAUUAGUGUUGGUACUGUUCAGGUUGGUUUGUUUUUAUAGAUCGUUUCUUAAGAGCUGUCAGUAAACGAAUUGUGUAAUCUGGCUUACCUUAGGUAUCCAUGUCAUGGUUAGAUAGAAAGGGGAGUGCUGGAAAUAUAGAGAAGCCUGAAUUAUAGACACAGAAACUUCAUUUUCUCCUUCCUAUAAGCAAAAGUCUUAGUAUUCUUCCUUUUCCUGGUUACAAAUGCUUCGACAUAAAGCUAAAAAGCUGCUAAAUGGGCAUCAUGUAUUUCAGUUACCUGUAUAACAUCUAUGGUCAGUACAGAUAUCAAUCUUUAUUGCAAACAAUAUAAUCUUGUUGACACUGGUUAAUGUCAGCCACAGUCUCUUGUUGUAGCUAAGGGUUAUGAGACUCCAAAGGGCCAAAGUGAGGCCAGAGCACUGACUAACAUUGCCUUGCAGCAGAGCAAGAAAAACAAGCAAAGAAUUUAAGAGAAGGAUGCUGAAGAAUCGAGUAACAAUGGCCAGUGCGGAGCUGCAGAUAUAAAGACUGGUUAUUGUGAUAGAAAGUCACAACAGAAAUGUCCUUCUGUCUAUCCCCAAAGCAUUUUUGUCAGGUGCCAGUAUUAAUUACUCAAAAAGGAAGUACUAAUUGACUUAGAACCAUAUGCCUUCUCGUGGGGAUGGAUUGUGGAUUCACAGGUGUUGGGAACAUGGAGUAUAAAACUCCAGGGAGAACAUGAAAUCCACUCUGGAUAAUCUUUAGGGGAAAGUGAGGGACACAGAUGAUAUGUGGGAUUUCUGGGCAGAAGUCAUCUCAUCUAACUUCAAAUGUCACCUUAUCAACAACCACACCUGAUCCUGCUGUUUGGACAACUUUUGUUCUGAACAGAGAGAAGCUCUUGUGGGCACAAUUGAUUUAUUUUAAGUGCAGCUAUGUAACAUUUUCUUUGAAUGUGCUGCUGUGACAUCAGCUCGGCAGCAGCUGCUGAUACCUGGGCUACUCUGAGACACUCAGUGAAGAUGAGGGACUGUACUUACCUUCACUCAUGAGAGGAUUUAAUUAAAAUACUUUGAGAUGCCAAAACUCUUGUUAAUUGACCAGUAGAACAGAUUGUUGUUAUGUAAACCAGCAGGUGUGUUUGUGGUGGCUACAAAAAUUUGUCAUUACUAUUUCCUAUCUCUAGUCUGUUGACCAAGAGUAUCUAAACUAAGCUUUAGGCAUGAAUUAGCAAUAUGCAUUUGACCACCUAUCUUAUGGAUAUUCUUCAUUUAUUUGAGCCUAAGAUGGAGGCAAACUCAAGAUGAGAAAUAGAAGACUUACAGCUCCUAGUUAAAAUAAGUAGUAUGAGUAAUAACAAUAUUUAAAAGACCUCAUUGACAGUGAUUGGUGAUGAUCUCAUCUUAUUUAGACUACUUGGAAACUUUUAGCUUAAAUUUGUAUGAACUCUGUUAGAGAAAUGACUGAAAGAUACUCUGAAGCAACUAUGAAACUUAUAUUCUCAGAAAGUUUUAAUGGCAUAUAAAAAGAGAGUUACUGCAAUGGAGAGAAAUAAAGCAUUGCUACAAUGAAUGUCACUUCAGCCUUUCAUUAUGAUUUCUUUUA